AUGGAUAAAAUAGAUUUGCCCCCUUUGGGUCCUGAUGACUUGCCACUCUCCCUGCUGGAGAUGGGCUGCUCAGGCAGGUUUGAGCUGAUUACUCACCCGCUGCCUAGCAACAGACCUCUGCCUCCACAGAGCACACUACCUCAUGGACUGCCUCCCACCAGCCUUGACUUGGUGACAGAAGUAGAGAAAUGUUUUCUGCGUGACCCUGCGUGGCUACCCAUACAUGACACAGAUGAUGCCUUCCAGAAAUUUCUUAAGCUCUCUAAAAGAGAGAAAGAGGUAGAUUCUUUGUUGCACUGUCCCACAACUCCACUACACUCUGGUCUCUCUGUGGUGAGAGAUCCAACCACAGGGAUGCUACUGGACUUUACUGAGGUCUUACUGGAGCACACAGGGUUGUCAGCUAAGAAUUCACUCUCGUUACAAAGAGCCCCUGGCCCUCCAUCUGAAAGUCUUAGAGGAAGUAACACAAACUACCCUUUCCUGCCUGGUGGUAUGGAAGAACUGACGUUGGAACACAUAAAGAAGAAGUCAGAUUUGGAGGAGGACAUUGACUUUGAGAAUGAUUUGUUCACAGUGCCCCCAGGUCUGAAGUCUGGCAUGGAUUUCAGUGAUAAAGACACCAAAACUACAAAGGGUGAGGUUAACCUGCUCUCACUCCUGUCUGCUUUUGAUGACGUUAUCGAUGCGUUGCCUGAGAGCGAGGAGAAGGAGAAAAACACAGAGAAGGGCGAGAAACCUAAACUUCCCAGGACCAAUAGCCUGGAAGACCUUGGCAUUAAGGACCCUGUGCCUUCCUCCACCCCAUCUGCUGGUACAACAAGAGAUAAGACAGAUGCAGGGAUUAAAAAAGAAGAAAAAGGGGAAGAGGGAGAGAAGAAGAGAUGGGCUGUGCCCGUGAACAUCACUUCACCCUGCGAUGAUUUCUACAAGCGCAUUCCUGAUCCUGCCUUCAAGUAUCCGUUUGAGUUGGACGUGUUCCAGAAACAGGCUGUGUUGAGGCUGGAGGCCCAUGACUCCGUGUUUGUCGCGGCUCACACUUCGGCUGGCAAAACCGUGGUGGCUGAGUAUGCCAUUGCCCUCUCCAAAAAACACAUGACCAGGACCAUCUACACGUCACCCAUUAAGGCGCUGUCCAAUCAGAAGUUUCGAGAUUUUAAGAACACGUUUGGAGAUGUGGGUCUGCUGACUGGAGACGUGCAGCUGAAUCCAGAGGCUUCCUGUCUGAUUAUGACCACGGAGAUAUUGAGGUCAAUGCUGUAUAACGGUUCUGAGGUCAUUAGAGACUUGGAGUGGGUGAUCUUCGACGAAGUUCAUUACAUCAACGAUGCAGAGAGGGGAGUGGUAUGGGAGGAAGUGUUGAUUAUGUUGCCAGAGCACGUUAGCAUCAUCUUGCUGAGUGCCACUGUGCCGAAUGCAUUAGAGUUCAGUGAGUGGAUUGGACGCAUUAAAAAAAGGCACAUCUAUGUGAUCAGCACUGUUAAAAGGCCUGUCCCUCUGGAGCAUUACCUGUACACAGGAAACAGCACCAAAACUCAGAAAGAGCUCUUCCUUCUGCUGGAUGCUUCUGGAAACUUCCUCACCAAAGGGUAUUACGCGGCCGUGGAAGCUAAGAAAGAGCGCACCAGUAAACACGCCCAGUCUUUUGGCGCCAAAAACACCUCCCAGAGCACCACAGCUAACCAGGACCGGGCGAUUUGGCAGACGCUACUGAACUUCCUGUCUCAGAGGCAGCAGACCCCGGUGGUGGCGUUCACGUUUUCUCGGACGCGCUGCGACGAUAACGCUCGCUCCCUGUCCUCCCUGGACCUGACCAGCGCCACGGAGAAGAGUGAGAUUCACUCUUUCUUCCAGAAGAGUCUGAGCAGGCUGAGUAGAGACGACAGGCAGCUGCCUCAGAUCCUGCUGAUGAGGGAUUUGCUGAAGAGAGGAAUAGGUGUGCAUCACAGUGGCAUUCUGCCAAUCCUGAAGGAGGUUAUUGAGAUGCUUUUCUCAAGAGGUUUAGUAAAGGUUCUGUUUGCCACUGAGACCUUUGCUAUGGGCGUGAACAUGCCUGCCAGGACGGUGGUGUUUGACAGCAUCCGCAAACAUGACGGCACCGGCUUCAGAAACCUGCUGCCUGGUGAGUACAUUCAGAUGGCUGGGAGGGCUGGGAGGAGAGGUCUGGAUGCUACAGGCACUGUCAUCAUCCUUUGUAAGACUGGCGUUCAUGAGAUGGCUGAUUUACACGCCAUGAUGCUGGGCAAGCCCACAGUGCUGCAGUCUCAGUUUAGACUGACGUACACUAUGAUCCUAAACCUGCUACGUGUAGAAGCCCUCAGAGUCACAGACAUGAUGAGGAGGAGCUUCUCUGAGAGCCACAGAGAUACUCAGGCUCAUGAAAAGCGUAUAGCUCAGUUGAGAAGUACUCUCUCCUCUCUCCCUCCCCCAGACACAGAAGGUCAACUAUCUGACCUGGUGUCUUACUACCACACUAUCACAGAGCUGCGUAUUACAACAGAGAAUCUUCAGCGUGCAGUAAUGGAGUCAGUGAACGGAUUGAAAACUCUGUCUGUGGGUAGAGUGGUGGUGAUCAACAACACACAGCACUGCAAUGCCCUGGGUGUUAUCCUGCAGGUAUCCAGUGAUGCUGUGAAUCGUACGUUUACGACUCUCAUCAUCUGUGAGAAAGGAAAUGAAGAAAGAGGAAACGCUCAGUCCAACAGCUCUCCACCACGUUACAAUACUACACUCUUCAUACCUGAAGGUCCCUGCAGUCACACUGUACAGAAAUUGAAACCGCAGGACAUCACAGCCAUCACAGUGAAGACGCUGAAAGUCAUACCCGAGAGAAUCAUCGACAACUACAAUAAAAGACAGCAGCCACGCUUCAGGAUGGACCCACCUGGUCAGGCAAUUUCCACGGCAACCCAGGAGCUCUUACGAUUGGCUGAAGCCAACCCAGAGGGCAUUGCAACCCUAGACCCUGUGAAUGACCUCCACCUGAAGGGUGUAGACGUGGUGGAGGGGGUGAUGAGACAGAAAGUCUUGCAGGAAUCUCUCAAAGAUUUCCGCUGCACGCACUCCCCCACCUUCCCUGAGCAGUUUGCCCGUGUUCAGGAGAGGAUGCAGGUGCAGGAGGAGCUGGAUAAGUUGCUGUUCCUGGUCUCAGAUCAGUCACUGACUCUGCUGCCGGAGUAUCACCAGAGAAUAAAGGUCCUGGAGGCGCUGAACUACGUGGACAGUGGAGGCGCGGUGCAGCUGAAGGGCAGGGUGGCCUGUCAGAUAAGCAGUCAUGAGCUGCUCCUGACAGAGCUGCUGUUUGAGAACGCGCUCAGCCCUCUGGCCCCGGAGGAGAGCGCCGCUCUGCUGUCCUGUCUCGUCUUUACGCAGAACACGCAGGUGGAACCACACAUUACCAGCACGCUACAGGAGAGCAUUGAUCGAGUGCUCUGUGUGGCCCACCGUAUUGGGGAGCUGCAGAGAGAGUGUGGGAUAGCUCAGACGGUUGAAGACUACGUGAGCCAGUUUAAGUUUGGCCUGACUGAGGUGGUGUACUGCUGGGCCAGAGGCAUGCCGUUCGCAGAGAUUGCACAGCUGACAGACGUGCAGGAGGGCACAGUGGUGCGCUGUAUCCAGCGUUUGGAUGAGGUGCUGAAGGAGGUGAGACAAGCAGCGCGCAUCGUCGGAGAUUCUGUACUGGGGAGCAAGAUGGAGAGAGCAUCACUGGCCGUCCGCCGAGACAUCGUAUUCACCGCCUCCCUGUAUACACACUGAGAGAGAGAGAGAGACAGAAAGAGAGAGAGAGAGAGAGAAUGUGUGCACGUGUGUGUCUGUGUUGUACAUUGUCUGUGUGAAAAGGGAGAAAGUACAGGGACGAGCUUUAACAAUUGUACUUGAAUUAAACUUUGUGUGUUUACAACUAUGAGUGAAUGUAUUGAGUGACUGGGUGAUGGAGAGAGAGCAAUGAUGAGGGUGAUUCUCUGACUGGAAAAGAAAAGCUUCACGACUGACCAAAGACUCCGAAUAAAAAUGU